AGAUCUCAAAGGCCGCAAGCAUUAACCUUCACUAACAUGCCGCCUUCCCCACCACCACCCUUACCGCCUCUCAAGCGUUCCGACUACGCUGCAUACUCGUCUUUCCUCUAUGACUUGCAGGCCGAGACACAGCGAGACCUGUCUGUUCGACUAAGUGGUCAGUGGGACCAUCCUACAGCUGAUGAUGAAGAAAGUAUUGUUCUCAGUGAUGAUAGCGACUUGAGGGUAAGCCGGUCUAGAUCCACGUCUACAGUUCGUCCGAGGCUUGUAGAAGGUUCGGCAUAUAUCCCUGUCAAUCCGACUUUGGGCAAGCGCAAGAGACGAUUAGAAUCGCCUGACGAUCCAGAAACUCGUUGGCCUAGAGCUGUUGAUGAGUUGGAAUUAUUAUCGGACACGAGUCUCCAAGACGCCAUUACAUCUUUUGCAACUUCAUACAUACGGAAAAAAGGCCUCGUCUUACCCAAACUAGGAAAAGACGGAGAUAUAGAUAGACAGAUCGACCCCAUUCUCCCUGGUAAUCUCGUAUCGUCGACUAUAGUCAUAUUGAAUGAAAUCCUGGUCAAUUUGGCAGGUGUGCGGCCGCCAAAUGUGCAGAAGAAGAGGAAAGAAAUGAACGCGUUGGAUUGGGAAGGCGUACUGGAAGUUGCAAGCAUGGUACCGAGUCUGCGGCCAGACAUCGCUGCCGCCAACUUUCGAUUAAGAGACAUAUAUCGGAAUGCUGGGCCAGAUCUCCUGAGCCAUAGGAUGAAGAUCAUCAACGAUCUCAAAGACUCCAACCCCGGCCCAUCAAUCAAUGAUCUCUAUUCCACUGUCCUUCCCGGCAAAAAUCCUCUGCUCCGUUCUCAUCUUUCAAAAACAGAACAAGAAAGGCGAGCGGUGAAACGUCGCGAAAAGGAAAGACUCCGCGCAGAAAAAGCAAAGAUUCAACAGGUCCAGGCUGAGAAACGGAAAACCAAGGCUGCGGAGAGAGCGAAGGUGAGGAGGGAAAAGGCAAAGGCGACACGGCAGCAAAAGGCGAAGGGUGCAAGAAAAGUUGGCGAGUUGGCGGACCGAUCAUCAUGAUCCUUUUUUAAAAGCGUGCUCGUCGGGAUAGCGUUGUAUUGUUGUACUGGUAUUGUCUAUUCACGGCACUCAAGU